CUUGUGAUGGUGGAAGCUCUAGCUUUUUAUUUUUACCAAUUGGAAAAAGUGCAUUUAAUCUCAAAUCUGUUUUUGAGAGGGUUAACUGUUUUAACAUUUUUCCCCUAGCUGAGCACUAAAAUCAUUCAUUAGCUGUUCAUCAUUGCAAACAGAUAUGAAUAUUUUAAGGAAUAAGAUGCGGAUAUAUGUCAAAGAGACAGAAAAUAUUUUGAAAAACCCGAAAGGCGUAAACGAGGUAACCAAUGCCGUCGAUGAAUUUUACAAAAUUACUCUUGGGUACGAACAAACCGUUAGCUCCAAAUUCCAAGAUGUCCACUUUAUUCGUGAAGUUUUCCUCACAGAAUUUUACCCAACAGUGCUUAAAAUCUUCAUUGACACAUUACAAGUGGAAUGGUUUACAAGUCCUGAACAUAAACGUGUGUCAGAACUGUUUGAUAAGGUGUUUUUGGACGGUUAUCCAGUUGGUGCCUUUACUGUGCUGAUGAGGAGUGUAGAUAAUUUAGAACUGGGUUUCAGACUAAAUAAGUGUGUAUCUCUUCUGGAAAAGUUCCUGGAUAACAGUGGAUUAUUCCAGAUAAUGAUGACAGCCUGUAAGUCGACUCCGGAUAGGAGUCUGGAUUUUAUGUGGGAGGAUCUCAUAAGUUUGCUGGCCACACUUCCAGACAAGACAGCUAAUAAACUACAGCUCCAGAACAGUGAGAAGUUUUAUCCUCAGCAAUACAUUCCUCUGCUGUGCAAUGAGGUCAUGCAAGUGUUGAAAAUCAUGCACCAGAAACUGAAAAAUAACAAUGACAUACACUUAGAAUUCGUUAGCAGGGUGAUCGGCAAGGUCUGCAUCUCAGGUCACGCAGUAAUUUUGUGGAAUUCCCUUGUCCCCCCUCUGGAGCGAGGCGUGCGGGAGGAUUACAUCUGGAGCAGGAUAACAGAGAGGAUCAUUACAGGGGUACCGGACCGGUGUCUAGAGUGUACCCUCACCGCCUUACUGACACGGCUUACUUGGUAUGGAUUGGUGGAGAAGUUUAUUGGAGGGAGUGUUACCACAAAACAGAAGAUCAAAUACCUACUGUGUACUAAACUGGUGUUUCACAGGCACUCCCAGGAUAUACUUUUACUUCAAAAUAUAAUUGGAUACCUAGGUUUAUCUCACACAAGGAAGUCUCUGCUUAUAAAGAUGUUGAGGGAGCUUCUCUCUGUUUGGGGUGACAGCAGUGCCCUGAAGCACACCUCUGUGGAGCAGCAUCUGUACAUCACAAAGGCUCUAUUUAUAGGACUGGGAUUCCUCAAAGAAUCAGACAAGGCAGAAAUCAGAGAGGAUUUUAUCCAGCUACUGAUGCCUGGUAUACAAUGUCACAUUGCAAGUUCUGAUCACAGAGUUCGGAAAGUUGGCAUGACUCUAGCCGAGACCAUGUCAGCUGUUCUAGAUCCCAAAGGUCAACAACUAAAGUUUGAGUUUCCCAGAGAUGAGGAAGUAGAAUACUUGGUUUCCUUGACAACACCACCACAAGAUCCUGGGCUACAGGGUGUUACAAAUGGGAUGAGUGAUGUACAUAUUACUCCAGCAACGAGUCAAGAAGACGUUCUAUCAGAGAGUAGAAAUGAAGAAAGGGAGACUAAUCUACAGAUUGACCCAGAUUUAGAUAGUGAUGAUGAUCUAGUGCCAUACGAUAUGUCUAACGACAAAAAGUUGACAAAGACCAAACAGCCUAAAUACAUCAGAGACUGCAUGGAAGGAUUAAUCAGUGUUGAUGAUCCAGAAAGAUUAGAAGUGUGUCUAGGUGUCACAGAAGCUUUGAUCCGGAGGAAUCCAGAUGGGCUCUUGGAAGUCUUAGGAGCAGCAGCCCAGGAGCUUUCUCAACCCUCAGAAUCUCAGCCAAUAGAAAAAGAGAAACCGUCCAAUAAAAUUACGGCACUGGAUUCAGAGGAUUCUGCUGAGGGCUGGAGAGAAAUCGUCAAACAGAGGAUAGAGAGUAAGACUAGGAGAUUUGGGAGAGGAUCCAGAAAAGAGGUGGUGACUACUAAAAAUAAGUUUUCUCCUGUGGCAGGCUGCUUCUUUUACCCGCUCAUGGCCAACUAUGACAGGAAAGAGAAUACCUUUGAUUUGAUGGGAGAGGACAGCCUUGUAUUAGGCAGGCUUGUGUAUACACUAGGAGUCAUUAUCUAUGCUGCCAUUAACACCCCAGCAGUUAAACAAAUGGCUGACAGAUUGCUGGAGUUUUUGUGGGUCAUUAGAUUCCAUAGUGAUGUGAGUGUUCGCCAUGCUGUUUUGUUUGCUGUUUCCAUGGUGAUUCUAUCUGUACCAGGACAUAUUUUACUGACAGACCUACAAAGUGAAAUAAUGGAGACCAAACACUGGCUGGAGGAUGUUGUGGAGAAAGAUGUCAAUGCUGAAUCUAAGAAGAUGGCCAUACAGAGCCUUGUUCUCUUGGAAAAUGUCAUCAAACAGGAAUUUACCAAAGGGGCUGACCUGACUUGAAGGAAAUGAAAUCAUUGAGAUAUUUGCAACUAUGCAACUAACACUUGACAGUUAUUUAAUAGCUUCCAAGUGCAGCACUGGGCCAAAGAGCAAGAGGAUUUCGAAGAAUCAGUAAUAUAGUCACAUGAAAUAACAAACCUUGACACAAAGUACUUCUCUCAACACUCAAUUUAACAAAAGUUUGUAAAACUGAUGAAGUAUGGAUUGGCUCUAAAUGGAACUGAUCUUUGUAUUACAGAAAAAAAAUU